AUGUUAUUUUAUUUAAAAUAUUCAAAAUUAUUAAUAUUUUUAUUUAUUUUAACUAUAAAUAAUAUAGUAGAAAAUAAAAAAGAAGAAAUACCAAUCUCUUUAUUUUCAUCAUCUUCACCAAUACUUUCAUUAGUUAAUGGUUUAACAGCUAAUUUUCAAUGUUCUAUUAAAAUUUGUAAUAAAUUAAAUAAUAAUUUUUUGAUUUCUUGGCAUCAUGAUGGAAUUCUUUUAUUUAAUGGAACUGAAUUUGAGCCAACUUCUGGUAUUGAACCUUCACGUAUUAUUUUACAAAGAUCUCUUGAAGAAAUUAAUAAUGACGAGGAAAUAAAAGGAGAAAAAUGUUUUGUUGAGGUAAAUUAG